AUGCCUUACACAGUCUUUAUGAAACGUAUGACAUGCGCGACCACAGCAGCACCUACUGUCCGGACGCAGCGAGGACGUCGGCUCGCUGCCUCGUCAUUCACGCUGCGCUGCGCCGCCCGAGAGAUGCGAGAGUCGACUUUGGCCGGCGGUGUAUUAGGUGUGCUUUCCUCGUGUCUUGGUGGUGGUUACGAAUAUGAUGGUAAUAAUGUAUUACCAGCUCCCACCGAAGCUCCCACUACAGCUGCCCCCCCAGUUCCGGUACCAUCAUGGAGUUACGAGGGCGAAGGAGGCCCCGAGAACUGGGCGACGCUGUUUCCCAAUUACUGUGCUGGCAGCAGUCAGUCCCCGAUCGCCCUGAAUGGACUCGAAGCCACUGGCAAGAGCUCCUCCGACGCCUGGGUGCUGGACAAAUACGACACCGUCCCCGUGGAUCUCAAGAUUGAAAACAAUGGACAUUCAGCUAAGGUUGCGUGGAACAUCACAGACGUCGAUGAGCUUCCCUCAGUCAGCGGCGGAGAGUUGGGCGGAAAAUACACUUUCGCCCAGUUGCACUUCCACUGGGGCAGCGUCAGCACGCAGGGAUCUGAGCACACCAUCAAUGGGAUCGCAUACGCUGCCGAGCUUCACCUGGUGCACUUCAAGACUGAGUACGGUUCCCUUGGCAACGCGGUUCAGUACGAUGACGGUCUUGCUGUGUUGGGCAUUAUGCUCCUGGGCGGUCUGAUCGACAACCCCAAUCUCAAACCAAUCAUCGACGGGCUCGCUACCAUCCCAAAUUCAGGUGACGAGGAACACCUGGCAACAAUGUUCCCUCUCCAAAACCUCCUGCCGGCGAACACCAACACCUUCUACAGGUACUCAGGCUCCUUGACGACGCCCACAUGCAAUGAGAUCGUCACUUGGACUGUCUUCCAGGACGUCAUAACCAUUUCCGAGAAUCAGCUUGAGGAAUUCCGCAAGCUUCUCGGAGACGACGGAGAGCACCACAUUGUCGACAACUACCGCCCUGUCCAGCCCCUCAACGGCCGUACGGUCGAGAAGAUCACCUUGUCUUAA